AUGAGAGGACUAUACUGGAAUGUCGGAGGUUUGAAAAGGGUUCAAGCCAAAGACAAAUUAAGGAGUUUAGUUAAUAGUUUUAGUCCAUCUUUGCUUUGGGUGGUGGAACCUGGUAAUUCAAUUAAGAGUUUGAAGCUACCUGGUAUUAGUCAAUGGAUCAUUACAAACAAAAAAAAGUUUGAAGAUAAACCUGUUGAAUUUGCUGAGGAUUUAUUUGAGGCCAUUCCAAAAGUUUUAAAUGAAGAGGAUAAUAUUUUUUUAGAUGUUAUUCUUUCUCAGUUGGAAAUAAAAGAAGAUGUAUUUGGAAUGGAUGCUAAUAAUGCUCCAGAUCCAGAUGGAUUUUCUGGCAGCUUUUAUAGAUUUGUUUGGGAUAUAGUGGGUGCUGAAUUGGAUGCAAAGAGUGCAGAUCAUUUUAGACCUAUUGGUCAAACAAAUUUCAAUUUCAAAAUUCUAACAAGAAUCAUUACUAAAAGAAUUCGUACUGUGAUUGAGAGAUUGAUUUCUACUCAGCAAGGGACAUUUAUCAAAGGAAGGAAUAUACAUGAUAAAAUUGUUUUAGCUUCAGAAUUGAUGAAUGAAAUGAACAUAAAGAGAAAAGGGGUAAAUGUGGGGCUUAAGUUGGAUAUCAUUCAAGCUUAUAAUUCAUUAAGCUGGGAUUUAGGGCUUAGGCAGGGAGAUCCAUUAUCACCAAUUCUCUUUGUAUUGGCUGAAGAAGUGCUAAGUAGAAAUAUAUCUAAAUUGGUGCAUGAGGGUAAAAUGAAUACAAUGGUGAUACAUCAGAGUAAAAGCAAGUACUUUGUUGGUGGAGUGUCAGAUGUAAAAAGAAUUUGGGUUGAUGAUUUUUUACAAAUGGAGUUGUCAGAGUUACAUGACAAGUAUUUGAUUCCAACAGUAAUGUUCAACUACUUUGAAGUAAAUGAAGUGCCAGUCUUAGAUGAUGGGAAGGAUAAAAGGAUAUGGGCAUCUGACUUGACAGGGAAAUUCACUGUUGCUAAAGCUUCUCAGCUGGUAAAGAAGAAACAUCAUGUGGUAUCUUGGGCUAAUAAGAUUAUUAUAUUAUUUAGCAUUACUGGGAUUAAAACUGGCACUGCAAGGGUCAAACAGUGUUUCUUCAAGGUGCCUGUUCAAAACCAAAUCCUUAUCUGUUGUGAUGGUGCUUCUAAAGGGAAUCCUGGGAGUGCUGGUUUUGGAUUUGUUGCAAGAUGUAGUAGUGGUGGUUGUGUGGGUGCAGAUUCUGGUGGAUUAGGGAUUGACACAAAUUAUUUGGCUAGGGUGAUGGGUUUGAUUGCAGCUGGUGAGUGGGUUGUAAGGAAGAAAUUUAUGGAAGUGUGUUUCAGUCUAGACUCUAAGGCAUUUUUGCUUACCUUCAAAAGUGGUUACCCUGGAUAG